AAUAAUGAAAUUCGGCAAUUUAUCAUUCAUAAUCCUAGUCACUUGUUUGUUGUUGCUGGUGCUCUCAUACCAAGAAGUAGAGUCUAGUAGGGAGAGUAUCGAGUGUCUGAACACUCCGAAGAAGAACUUAUGCGGGAAAGGAUUUGGGCCCAACCAGAAAAGGGUCUGCUGUGAUGCAAACGACAAGGAAAUGCUUUAUUGUAGGACUAUGUUUACAUUUUGUUCGGAUAAUUUACAGAGAAUAAGCCCAAAAGCAGAAUACCUCCUUGCUCUUUCAUCUGAUGAUUGUAAGAAAACUAGGCAAAGUGUAUUCCAAUACGAAAAUGGGGGAACAAAUAUUAGCUAUCUUCCUGAAGAUCUGGUAUGCGUGCUUCAAUUUGAGAACCAAGGUGGAUACUCUUCAAGUCUGAGAUUUAGUGAAGAGGAGUUCAAGAAUGUCGAAGCUCAUGUGUUUGAGAGCGACAAAAUGAAUUCGUUCUUUGAGCCUAGAGGGGUUUUCAGCUCUUCAAAGUUAGGCGAUUCUGAUAAUAUCCAUCAUGACAUUCAUAUCUGGAAUGGCAAUACAUCAUUCGUAAUUUUAACAGUAAAGAAUCAAAAUCAGGGUCCUGGAGUGUUCAAGUCUAUUGUAACUGCCUUGCCUGCUCCUGAGGAAGAUAUUCCUCAUAUCGAAGAGCACGAUAAUAAGCUUAGAAGAGAUCCUUUCCUAUUCGUUCUCAUCUUCAUCGGAGUUACAAUUGUGAUGCUUUACUAUUGCUCUCCAUUCAAACACUCUCCUCAGAUCAGCCAGACCCCUCCCCUUAUCACACCCUACAAACCCAAUCUUUCCCACUCCAAAAAUCUCUCCAGCCCCUAUCCCAGUCAGCACAGGUCAGAAAAUCCACAAAGCACCCGUGCUCCUCUCCAAACUAUAAAUUCACCACACAAAAAAUACAAACAAGAAGAGCCCUAGAAAUCCCUUAGAGAUUUUCUACAGAGAAUCUUGGCCGCUGCCACGACUGGGUUCUCCAAGUGUGAUUCAUGAAGAGAUUUGGAGGUUUAGGAGAGGGGUUUUGAGUCAAUUUGUA